CUGUCCUAUGCCAAAGUCUCUGGUGCUGUAAGCGCGCCAUCGAUCUACAGUCGCGAAUAACACGAGCUAUGGCCAUGCAGAGCAAGAAAAAGUUCCGGUGCUCGCCUUCAGUCACUUCGUCGUCAUCGGAUUCAUCGGACUCGUCGUCAUCGUCGUCUUCGUCUUCCGACAGUGAUGACUCGGACACGUACCCCACGUCGACUAUCCCACGCUUCCCGCCGGUGCCAGCUCCUGUGUAUCCCGAGAAAGUCGAGCGUGCGCUAUACAGCGCCAAGAAGAAGCAUCGAUCUGAUAUCGACCCGGAGGCCUGGAAUCGCGAGGGAUUCGCAGGUUCAAAUGUGUGCGACUUGCCACUGGACGAGUCCAAUCCAAUUAAGCGUGAACAUUGCAGUGAAUUGAGUGUGAAGCGGUUCAUUGACGAGUACGAACGUCCAGCUGUGCCUCUGGUUAUCGACGGAGUACCAGAAGCUGACGGAUGGGGUGCCUUAAAGCACUGGUCAAUGAAGAAACUGAGGAAAAACUACAAGCGAGUGCAACUGAAAUGCGGCGAGGAUGACUACGGCAAGUCUAUUCGAAUGAAGUUCAAGUACUUCGUGACGUACAUGAACAACCAGACAGAUGAUAGUCCGCUCUACAUCUUCGACAGCACGUUUGAUGAUCACAAGGACACCAAACCAUUAUUGGACGACUAUAAAGUGCCCAAAUACUUUCCAGAAGAUCUGUUCUCAUUGGUCGGCGAGGACAGACGACCGCCGUAUCGCUGGUUCCUGGUCGGACCUAAGCGCUCUGGAACCACAUUACACUUGGACCCACUUGGUACCAGUGCAUGGAACACUCUGAUCGUCGGACGCAAGCGCUGGGUGCUUUUCCCGCCGCACUUACCCAAGAACCUCGUGAAUGGUAAGAAACAUAUCCGUGGUGACGAGGACGACGAGGCAGUCAACUACUUUAUGGACUUACUACCGCGAAUUAAGCGUGCUAACGCGCCGGAGACUCUGCAGUGCAUCGAGUUCAUGCAGUAUCCCGGUGAGACGGUGUUUAUCCCCGGUGGCUGGUGGCAUGCUGUGUUCAACGUGGACGAUACGGUGGCAGUCACGCAGAACUUCUGCAGUUCUCAGAACUUCCCCGCCGUGUGGCGCAAGACUCGCAGCGGUCGUAAGCGCAUGGCCGUCAAGUGGCUGAAAAAACUGGAGACGCACAAUCCGGAGUUGGCAGCAUUGGCCACUGAGCUCAACCAGAAGGACAAGUUCGUCAUGUAUAGCAAAGAGAGCAGCAGUCGCUCGUCUUCAUCGAGUUCGCACAAGAGGAAGAAGAAAAGCGACCGUGAUGAACUAGACGAGACCUCACGAGACCACCACAGUGGAAAGAAGAAAAAGAAAUGCUGCUGAGCACUAGAAAAUGGGGAACUGGGUCGUGUAGGUUGGCAUGAAUAGACGUACGCAUGAGAUUUUUGCAACAAUCAACAGAUAGACACCGACAAGUGACACCUUACGCUACACUACGCACAGUUUGUGGCCCUAUCGAGCAGCAUCCGGACGUUCUGGUAACUAAGCCCCACUUCCGUGACAAGACUCAGGUCCGGACGGGCCUUAGGAAGCCAGAGAAAGUCAGGAUGAUCCGACUGCGAGUCUUCCACCCACUCCCCACCAAGGAUGUUGUAGUCGUUGUCGAGUUCAAGGAGGUACUUGUACGUCUUGCUGUUCUCAUACUUCGAAGCUCUACCAGAACUCACAAGUCCCCCGUCUUCGAAAGUCUCAACCAUCCAAGACACUGUGGUCUCCACGUACAUGAUCCGUUGAGCUUCGUUGUUGAACGGGUACGUCGGUACUUGAAAGUACUGGUUAGCAGCGUCGCUAGGUGUCAUUUCCCUUUGAGUGAGCACCUUGUAGCUGUAAAUGGGCUGAUUCCAGACCUCCGCACCGGCGGUGACGUCCAUGACAACAGAAGCGUUGAACCGCCCGAUGAUGUUGGCUAGCGCGACGUGCAUGAAGCCUGGACCGAUAUCGCGACGCGAGGAAUCAGAAUAGCGACCAUACUCGUCAGUGCUGUCACCGCUAUCAGGCCCGUAGAAUCGUGCACCGGUGAAGACUGUAGCGAGGCUCGAUCCAUCGUAGACCUCAGAUAUCAGAGCUUUGAUGUCCAUCGGCUGGAACGUUACACCAUUGUAGUCGACAGCACAGUUCGGUUCGGGUUCAAGUAGAGCUGCUGGAGCCCAGGCAUGGCAGAUGCCGUACCAGGUCGGGAUACAGUAGCCUCGAGCCUCUCCAUCACGUCGAGCACAAACGCUGCCAUCGCCUUUGCUAGCACAGUCCCAGUUCGUCCAGCACGAAGUACUAGACGCAGCCAUCGAUUCGACUCCAGUGGAUUUCGAGACGCUCGCCAUUAAUGCAUCCGGAUCCAGACCGAAGGCACUGGCAUACUUCUCAGUGGCACUAGGCUCGCUAGCGGAUUUCCAACGGUAGUUGAUACCGUCGAGAUAGAUAGCCCAGUAGCUACUGGGCCACGGCAUGACGUAGUAUGCCGCAUUGGAGGCCAAGUUGUUCACAUUGAGCUCCAAAGACGUACCAAAGUGGCUUUCCAGCUUCUGGAUAUCCGACGUGGUUUCUUCCAAUGCGCGUUCAUGGACAAGGCCCAACAUGGAUCCAUUGCUAACGACUGAACCCUUGGAACUCUUGUACACAGCGGACUGUUUGGUAGAGGAUGAGCUCUUGGAAGUAGUCGAGGUGGUGGUACUCUUCUUGCCACCGUUGUUUGUAGUGGUUGUGCUCGUGGUAGAGCUGCUGUUGGAGCUGUGGAACGUGGUGACCUUGUAUUCGGUAACCUCGUACGUGAGGACACUCAAGUCCGUACCAGGGGCAAUACCACCGAAGGCAGGACUGGUGUGCGAAAGUGACGUAGCACUGGAGACGAUGGUCACCGGAUUGUUUGCGAACGGUGUACCUGUUGCUUCAGGUAGCAACAAACCGGCGAGUGUUGCUGCUUUGGCAACGAAAGGUGUCGAAAGGUACCGAGUCGGCCUCAUGAUCUUGGACAACUGCGGUGAGGAAUGCAACUUACAAAAUGGCAAACGUGAAGCCGUGUCACGCUGCAGAUACCCUCAUGAAGAUCGCUAUCCUUAGGACAAGAGCAAGGAGAAGCAGUGCUCGGUGUUCGACAGAUGUCGGGGUACUGGUAAAGUCGACUUGGUAACUCCAGAAGGCAUUCAAUGUGAUCCAGUUUCUCUCAAUGGCGGAUACGUUAACCCUGGAAGGAAUAGAGCACGCAUCGCCUUUGUGGACCAGAACGAAAUUUGCUUUGGGCACUUGCUGACAGCCUCGACCUCUGCAGAAGCCGGAGUUUACCAGCUACCAGUCGGCGGUUCUUAUGCUUCAAGGAGAUUGUCACCAGCAAUAUCCACCGGCAGCGAAUGACCCUCCUUUGCUGAACUACAUCUAGUGAGCUCUUGACGUCCACCCAGUACCAGCAGCAGGCUUAUUCUAAGACUAGAGUCGGACAAUUGCCGCAAUAUGUGCUGAAAGCUCGCAGACGACGACGAACUCCUCACUGGUAUCCAAAUACUGCAAUCUGCAGCAUCUCGGCGUCAUAAUAUAUCGUUGGUCCAAGCCUUCCAAUGUCACCUCUGUCUGUCUGAAAGUAUGAACACCCAGUGGAGCUCUAAUGUAUCAAUGCCCUGAACUUAAAAACGUUGCCACACACAUUGAAGAG